AUGGGCAACAUCGGUCAAUUGAAUCUUGGGCCCGUAAAUUCUGGUUUAUUAAAGGAAGAUGCUUUACGAAAAAGUUUAGGAUUAGGAGCUCAAAUUGCAUUAGAAAAUUGUCAAAAUGUAUUUCAAUGGGAUCGAUGGAAUUGUCCAGAAUCUGCUUUUCUUAAAAAAAAUCGCCAACCUGCAAAUCGUGAAACAGCAUUCGUUCGUGCAAUCAUUGCAGCUGGUAUUAUGCAUACAGUAGCGAAAAAUUGUUCAAAUGGUGGAUUUGGUCCAUGUGGAAAAUGUCAAAUGAAUCCAGAAGACUCUUCCAAUCAAAUAACAGCAAAUAAAAUUUAUAAAUAUUUAUAUACUAAUCCAUAUACCGAAAAUUUAACGCAUACUGCAUCGAAUUAUCGUAUUGAAACAUUAAAAAAUGGCGAUGAAAGUUCGGAUAUUCUGUGGCGAUGGGCUGAAUGCCAUAAUAAACAUAUAGCGUUCGGUGAAGAGAUUGCUAUUAAAUAUUUAGAUGAUUUAGAUGUCAAUGGAGUCGAUUUACAAUCGUAUUUGUAUUUACAUAAUAAUGCCGCUGGAAGACUGGCUGUUAGAGCAACGAUGAAGAAACGAUGUCGCUGUCAUGGAGUUUCAGGCAGCUGUACAAUACAAACAUGUUGGAAUGAGCUGGCACCAUUUUCUGAAGUUGCUGAAUAUUUACGUGAAAAAUACGAUGAAGCUGUUCGGGUUGAUUUUGAUAAUGGUGUUGAUCGUCUUAUCGUUGGAAAUGUUCAACGAACUGUUCAAGAUAUUCCAUUAACUGAUUUAAAUAAUUUAAUAUAUUUGAAUGAUUCGCCGGAUUAUUGUGUAGCGAAUACGACAAUUGAUUGGGAAGGAACAUUAGGUAGAAUAUGUUCGAAGAAUCGAUCAGAAAAUACAACAAAAAGUGAACGAAGAAGUUGUAAAACUUUAUGCAAAUCCUGUGGAUAUCGAGUCCGAAAACGAAUUCGACAACGUCAAUGGCGAUGCAAUUGUAAUUUCCAAUGGUGUUGUGAAGUUACUUGUAAAACAUGCACCGAAACAGUUAAUGAAUUCUUUUGUGAAUAA